AAGCUGUAACUGGAAUCUGGAAGCCUGUCUUGACAGCCUGCCCAGCUCUCAUUAUGACAUUUAGCCUGUGAUUGAUACGGUGUGUCAUGGAGACCUUGGCAGUUAAUCUCUCCGUCGAAUCUAUGGAAACCAAACACAAGAGAAAGGAAAGAAAAUCCCUUGACUCCAAAAUGGCAUCAGGAGAUACAAAGACAAGCCUCAAGGAUGCCUACCCUUCUGCCAAGAGGCUGUCCCUGCAGGAGGAGGAGGGAGAGGCUGAGGACUACUGCACCCCUGGACCCUUCGAGCUGGAGCGCCUCUUCUGGAAGGGCAGCCCCCAGUACACACACGUCAACGAGGUCUGGCCCAGACUCCACAUUGGUGAUGAGGCCACAGCGCUGGACCGCUACGGGCUGCAGAAGGCCGGCUUCACGCACGUGCUGAACGCCGCGCACGGCCGCUGGAAUGUGGACACCGGGCCAGACUACUACCGCGACAUGGCCAUCGAGUACCACGGCGUCGAGGCCGACGACGUGCCCACCUUCGACCUCAGCGUCUUCUUCGACUCGGCUGCCGCCUUCAUCGACUCCGCUCUCCGAGACGACCACAGUAAGAUCCUGGUUCACUGUGCCAUGGGCCGAAGCCGGUCGGCAACCCUGGUCCUGGCCUACCUGAUGAUCCACAAGAACAUGACCUUGGUGGACGCCAUCCAACAAGUGGCUAAGAACCGCUGUGUCCUGCCCAACCGGGGCUUCCUGAAGCAGCUCCGAGAGCUGGACAAGCAGCUGGUGAAGCGGCGGCGGCAGGCCGGGCCGGGGGACAGCGAGCUGGGGAGGAAACAGCAGCAGCAUAGCAGUGUGGUGGCUUCCAGAAGCAGGAGCCCGGAAAAGAUGGAACCUAGAGAGAGGCCUGCUGAGAGAGACCAGCCGUGGAGCACCACCAACGAUGGUGUCCUGGAGAGAGCAGAGAGAGCCUGAGGCCUUGGGGGAAUGGCAGGAAGGAACCCAUGCUUCCUUCCAGUGUGAACUAGAGGGUCCAAGAGGAUGUUCUUGCUGGAGGGAUGCUGAAGUCCAGGGAAGCUGGGUAAAGCCAGGUCACUGUGACAUCCGGGGGAGCUGUCUUGCUUUCAUGCUACUUGUAGUUUGGGAC